AUGGAAGAAGAUGAAGUUUUGGAAGAAGAUGACACAAAUACAUUAAAACGAUUUGAAAAACGAUUAGAGCAAAUUUUGCAAAUUAAAAAUUCUGUUUUUACUCAAGUAACACACAACAUAAAAAAAAGUCAAGAAAAGCAAAAGAAAGCGUAUGACACACGUCAUUCUAAUAAACUAGUUUUUAAAAUUGGUAGCUUAGUAUUGCUACGUAAUUGUCUCAGAGAUGAUCGAAAAGGUGGCUGGUCUAAAGCCCCUUUUACAGGACCUUGCACAAUUUUAAAAAUUCAAAAAAAACAACAACUGUAUUUUAAAAACAAUGAAAGGAAAAUUAAUUAA